GAAGAGAAAUUUGAAUUAACUAAUGGAUUAACUAACGAAAAACUGAAAGAAACAGAAGAUAAUAAAGAUUAUCAAUUCAAUAUUACCUUUAUCAAAUCAAAAAAGUCUCCAAAAUUCCAAGAAGAAGAAAUGGAAAAUGUCCUACCAGAUUUAUCUGAUAACUAA